AUGCGAGUGCACGCAUGCAUGCCUGUGUAUACACGCUUGCCUGUACAGUGCACUAGAACUCACCCUGACAGUUCCUCUUCCAACCACGCUGUCAGGCUCUCAAUAGUUCCCUCCAUUCAAAGGAAGAACCCCUCAAAACCAAGGAAGACAUUGUCUUCUGGUGCCGCUUCCAAGGAUUUAAUACCAGGAGUCUAUUUAUCGCUGGGAGCAUGUGGAACAGAAUCAGCUACCUCUCCUGGAAAUGUCACUCAUAGUCCCAGAGGUCAUGGAACUAAAGGAGUAUUUGAGCUUCUGUCUGGAUGGCGCAGAACGAGAGAGAACUUGCCCUUCAAAGACAGGGUAGCAGAUGCCUAUUCUGAUGUGAUGGUCACCUAUACCAUGACCAGCUCCUUGUACUUCAUUACCUUUGGCAUGGGUGCCAGCCCAUUCACAAACAUAGAGGCUGUGAAGGUCUUCUGUCAGAACAUGUGUGUCUCCAUUCUAUUGAACUACUUCUACAUUUUCUCAUUCUUUGGCUCCUGUCUGGUCUUCGCCGGCCAGCUGGAGCAAAACCGCUACCACAGCAUCUUUUGCUGUAAGAUCCCCUCUGCGGAGUACCUGGACCGCAAACCUGUGUGGUUCCAGACAGUGAUGAGUGAUGGGCAUCAACAGACAUCCCAUCAUGAGACGAACCCUUACCAGCACCAUUUUAUUCAGCACUUCCUGCGCGAACAUUACAACGAAUGGAUUACCAAUAUCUACGUGAAGCCAUUUGUUGUCAUCCUCUAUCUCAUUUAUGCUUCCUUCUCCUUCAUGGGGUGCUUGCAGAUCAGUGACAGAGCCGACAUCAUCAAUCUCCUAGCCAGCGAUUCCCCGAGCGUUUCCUACGCCAUGAUCCAGCAGAAAUAUUUCAGCAACUACAGCCCGGUGAUAGGAUUCUACAUCUACGAGCCCCUGGAAUACUGGAACGGCAGCGUCCAGGAGGACCUGAGGAGACUCUGUAGUGGGUUCACGGCAGUGUCCUGGGUGGAGCAGUAUUACCAGUUCCUGAAAGUUAGCAACAUCAGUGCCAAUAACAAGAGUGACUUUAUCAGUGUCCUACAAAGUUCAUUUUUAAAAAAGCCAGAAUUCCAACAUUUUCGAAACGAUAUCAUCUUCUCCAAGGCGGGGGAUGAAAACAACAUUAUUGCCUCUCGCUUGUACCUGGUGGCCAGGACUAGCAAAGACAAGCAGAAGGAAGUCAUAGAAGUGUUGGAAAAAUUGAGGCCCCUGUCGCUCUCAAAGAGCAUCCGAUUCAUCGUGUUCAACCCCUCCUUCGUGUUCACGGAUCAUUAUGGCUUGUCUGUCACAGUGCCUGUUCUGAUUGCAGGCUUUGGUAUUCUCCUGGUGUUAAUCCUGACCUUUUUCCUAGUGAUCCACCCUCUGGGAAACUUCUGGCUAAUUCUUAGCGUCACCUCAAUCGAGCUGGGCGUUCUGGGCUUAAUGACAUUAUGGAACGUCGACAUGGAUUGCAUUUCUAUCUUGUGCCUUAUCUACACUUUAAAUUUUGCCAUUGACCACUGUGCACCACUGCUUUACACAUUUGUAUUAGCAACUGAGCACACCCGAACACAAUGUAUAAAAAGCUCCCUACAAGAGCAUGGGACAGCCAUUUUGCAAAACGUUACUUCUUUUCUUAUUGGGUUGGUCCCCCUCCUAUUUGUGCCUUCGAAUCUGACCUUCACACUGUUCAAAUGCUUGCUGCUCACUGGGGGUUGCACACUUCUGCACUGUUUUGUUAUCUUACCUGUGUUCCUCACCUUUUUCCCCCCUUCCAAAAAACACCACAAGAAAAAGAAACGGGCCAAACGGAAGGAGAGAGAGGAAAUUGAAUGCAUAGAAAUUCAAGAGAACCCUGAUCACGUCACCACAGUCUGA